AUGGCACUUUACUAUAUUGUUAUUAUACUUCUUCCUCCAGAAAUAUGCUUGCAUUGUGUACUCUUUCCAAGCUCAUCAAUUAGGUUGUGUGUGUUACUGGUGUCAGCUGUUACAGACCAAGCUGGAAUGCAAGAUCUUGGAGCAAAUGGUGGUGAUUUUGAUGACGAUGAAGGUGGUGGCUUGAGUGUGGAAGAAAUAAAGUCCAAACCUGAAGAAGCCUUUGGAUUGCCCAAUUGUUGUGGAGCCAUAGAUGGUACACACAUCAUUCUGAGUCUUCCUACCGUUCAAACAUCAGACGAUUGGUGUGACCUGGAGGACAACUACAGCAUGCUCUUGCAGGGAAUUGUUGACCAUGAGAUGAGGUUUCUUGACAUUGUAACUGGUUGGCCUGGGGGCAUGACGGUGUCUAGACUUUUAAAGUGUUCAGGAUUUUUCAAGCUCUGUGAAGGUGGACAGCGUUUGAAUGAAAAUGUUAGAACUUUAUCUGGAGGAGUAGAGAUUAGAGAAUACUUAGUUGGCGGGGUUGGCUAUCCUCUGCUUCCCUGGCUCAUAACUCCUUAUGAAAGCAAUGGCCUCCCCGCUUACAUUUCCGCUUUCAAUGCCGUGCAUGGGGCUGCAAGGUCACUUGCAGUAAAGGCAUUCACGCAGUUAAAGGGCACUUGGAGAAUCCUUAACAAGGUUAUGUGGAGACCCGAUAAGCGGAAACUUCCGAGCAUCAUCUUGGUAUGUUGUUUACUUCACAAUAAAAUUGACAGUAGAGAUAUAUUACAACCAGAUGUUGCUUUUUCUGGUCAUCAUGACUCGGGAUAUGGGGAACAAUGCUGUAGGAAAGUUGAUCCGUUGGGGAGGACUAUGAGGGAUAUCCUAGUGAAACACUUGUUGCACAGCAAGCAGACCGCUGCACCAAAGUGAUUCUUGUUCUGCCAGUCUGGUUUAAAUGAGUUGGAAGUUUGGAACGGUUUCAAUCUGUAAAAUUAUUUGCUUCGGCAAUUUCAC